AAUGGCCCCAGUAAUGAAAUUCAGGUGGGGAUCCCCCCUUGACCCUAAAAAAAAAACCUCAAAGCAAUCGAAAACCUUAAAAGAAUCUUUCGAAAGAUCAACAGAGAUAGCGUAGCGCGGUUCUCCGGCGGACGGCGGCGCAACUCAGGCGUCAGAAUCUGAGCUUGGGGCGACCGGGUGACUGGCGAGGCGACGAGCCGACGCAGUAUGGAAUCGGAUUCCCAUAUGGACACCGGAUCAGGUUCCGGACUCGGCUUCGAUCGUGUGGCGGGAGCCGUGGCUACCUCUAUUUAAGGACGCGAUGGGAUUCUACUAGGCACUUGCGAGAAGAACAACCCGUCGCGCCACCUUUGUAAGGCCAAACCCCGGAGGUGCUGCACAAUCCCACGCCUGUAGGGGCUUCUUGGUGCAAUUGCCAGAUAUACUUCCUCAGUCAACUGCAGAAGAGGUACAGGAUGCAAAACCCAUCAAGCAACUCAGACUCCACUUUUGAGCUGGAAAGUGCUCUGCCAAUCCUGGUUCAUGAUCCGGGAACUCAGCAAGUUGACUCCCAGACGCUGUACAGCAUCUCCAAGCAGUCCCUGUUCGCUCACGCGAUCGAUGGAGUGAAAGACUACCGCUGCUUUGAGACCCCCCAAGGCUGGGUGCUUGCCCUGGACAGAGCUUCCCUGCAGACAUUCCUAUGGCGCCCCCAAGACAGCGAAAGGAUUCAGUUGCCGGCGGUGGAGGAGGACUUCCCCAGCCGAUGCAAGUGUUUGCUCUCUGAUGUGCCCACUGCCUCAAGUUGUGCAGUAUUAGUCCUUGAUCUUGACGACACCCAGAUGUGGGUCUGCCAGAUUGGAGCAAGCAAAUGGGACUCCUGCAGCUACACCCUCACCAUGUUCGAUGCACGUGACAAUCCUCGGGAGAGGCACAUAGCGAGACGUCAUGGUGUCGCUGCUGUUAACGGCAAGGUCUAUUUCCAGCUUACAGGCUACGAGCUGGGGAUAAUUGAGUUUAACCCUGAUCCAAGCCUUGCGACCAUUGAGGUGGACAUGGUCGACUUGCCUCUGAGCAUGCCAAUGUGCUCAACUUACCUAGUUGGGUCCUACGGCGAGCUUUUCCUUGUUGUUAUCUUCUUCGACGGCGACAACGUGCACAAAAUUGCCGAAUUCGCAGUGUACAAGAUGGAUUUCUCGGUGCCAGCUUGGUGCAAGGUGGACAGGAUUGGUGAUGAUCGAGUCUUUCUUCUAGGUGGAGAUAGGAUUGGGCUUUCGAACUUUGGAGCCUCCUGCAAAGUGACUCCUGAGAACAAUCUUUGUGGCAAUUCCAUCUACUUCUUGAAUCACCUGGCCAUCACCGAGAAUUAUCUACAUGUCAUCAACCUGGAGAAUGGCACUGAGGAAGAGCAACGGCCAUUCAGGGACAAGGGUUUUCCGAUGCCGUUGCGUUCGCCAUUCUGGUUACUCCCUACAGACACAUGAUCUGAAAUUCUGAACAGCCUAAGCAGUUAUCUUUAUAUUGGAUAGAUUCAAUGUAAUCUCAGAACUCUAUACUUUUCUAUGGGAAAAAAAAGACACUGUUUAAGUCUUACUUUAAUUAUUUUUUGUAUAUAAACCUUGGAAAGACCCAAUGUAGCAAUUGUAACAUGUGUCUUGGUCUAUAAUCUAGAGUAGCUCAAGUUCCUCGAGUCUCAA